UGAAGAAAAUACGUCCUGUGAAGAGUAAAAGUCCUUGAUUCUGGGAAGACUCUUGCAGCACUUCUAACUUCAAAGCUGGAGAAAAGUAUGAAGGAACAGUCCAUCUGACUCCCUCAGCAUCUCACACAGAACACAAAAUGGCUCUGCAGAAAAAAACUGUUGUUGGUGUCUUGGAGGAGUGGUGUUUGGCGGAACCACUGUUCGGUUGCAGGUGGCACCAGAAUGUCAGGAAAAAACUGAGACUGAUACGAAUUGUAGGGCUCCUUGUCAGUGUAGUGGCCAUUAGUACUUUCUCACUUUCAAUGAGUGCCUUUUUCAAGAUGGAGCCACAUAGCAUGGCGCUCGUCAGCAGCCUAGAUAGCCAAAAGCUGGUGCGUGGGCACCAAAGAACUCUCUUGGAUUUCACAGAACAGAAUGAAAAUGGCACUCCAGAUCCACAUGCUUCUAUGAAAUAUGAAGCUGGGCACGACAAUGAAACAGAUGAUCAUGCGAAGGGAGAGUACCCCGAGGACCUUUUCUCUCUUGAGGAGAGAAGACAGGGAGCAGUGAUCCUCCAUAUAAUUGGAAUGAUUUACAUGUUUAUAGCCUUAGCCAUAGUCUGUGAUGAGUUCUUUGUUCCUUCCUUGACUGUCAUCACUGAAAAACUGGCCAUUUCUGAUGAUGUGGCAGGGGCAACCUUCAUGGCUGCUGGUGGGUCAGCCCCAGAACUCUUCACUUCUUUGAUAGGAGUGUUUAUAUCCCACAGCAACGUUGGCAUUGGUACAAUAGUGGGAUCUGCUGUGUUCAAUAUCCUAUUUGUUAUUGGAAUGUGUGCUUUAUUUUCUAAAGAGAUCUUGAACCUUACUUGGUGGCCACUCUUUCGCGAUAUGUCCUUUUACAUCAUUGACUUGAUCUUGCUAAUCAUCUUUUUUCUGGAUAACUUCAUAAUGUGGUGGGAAAGCAUAACACUCCUGACAGCAUAUUUUUUCUAUGUGACAUUUAUGAAGUUCAAUGUCCAAGUAGAAGAAUUGGUGAAGAAAUUUUUAAACAGGAACAAGGUUGAGAAGGUAACAACCGAUGCUGAAGGAAAGUCACCUAAUGCUGGAGACAAGGAUGACCAGACGUUGACGACCAAGCCACGUCUCCAGCGGGGAGGAAGCUCCGCAUCUCUCCACAACAGUCUGAUGAGGAACAGCAUCUUCCAGCUCAUGAUUCACACACUUGACCCACUUGCCGAAGAGCUUGGAUCAUAUGGAAACCUAAAAUAUUAUGACACAAUGACUGAAGAAGGAAAGUUCAAGGAAAGGGCCUCAAUUCUGCAUAAGAUUGCCAAAAAAAAGUGCCAGGUGGAAGACAGUGAAAGGCAGAAUGGAGCGGCUAAUCAUGAGAAAGGUGCAAAAGUGGAAGUUGCAGUAACACCACCAAGUGAUUCAGGACCAGUGCAGAAUGGAAUCGCCCAUAAUGUUGACGAGAAUGAAGAGGAUGAGGAGGAACAGCCUCUCAGCCUGGCCUGGCCCGAAACCCCACGCAAGCAGGUCACCUAUCUUCUGGUGUUACCCAUUGUUUUUCCACUGUGGGCUACUCUGCCAGACGUCAGAAAACCUACAUCAAGAAAAUUUUUUCCUAUCACAUUUUUUGGCUCUAUCAGCUGGAUUGCCUUCUUUUCUUACUUGAUGGUCUGGUGGGCGCACCAGGUUGGAGAGACCAUUGGUAUUACUGAAGAAAUCAUGGGAUUGACUAUUCUAGCUGCCGGCACAUCCAUUCCUGACCUUAUUACCAGUGUUAUUGUAGCACGCAAAGGUCUGGGGGACAUGGCUGUAUCCAGUUCUGUUGGAAGCAACAUAUUUGACAUCACAGUGGGCCUUCCUCUUCCAUGGCUCCUGUAUGCUGUGGUUAACGGCUUUGCCCCAGUGACAGUCAGCAGCAAUGGUCUGUUCUGUGCGAUUGUCCUCCUCUUCAUCAUGCUGCUCUUUGUCAUCCUCUCCAUUGCUUCCUGCAAGUGGAGGAUGAAUAAAAUCCUGGGUUUCCUCAUGUUUGGGCUUUAUUUUGUGUUCCUGAUUGUCAGUGUCCUUCUGGAGGACAAAGUGAUCCAGUGUCCUGUCUCCAUCUAGUGGAAAGUUGAAAGUUUUUUUUCUCGACAGAAGAAAAAAAAAAAAAGAAAAAGCAAAAACAUAUAUAUUUAUUUAAGAAAAGAUACAUAGGUCAAAACAAAACCGUGGAAAAAAACCCACAGUGGAAAAUUGCAGCAGGAAUUACCCAUGUGUCUGUAAAUUUCCUCUUCCUCAAUUUCAAAAGAAUGAAAGAAAGAAAAGGACACAAAGGGUCAGUCUCAGAGCUGGAGAAUGGCUGCUGCUGGACAGUGCAGUAAUGCCUGAAGGGCUGAGUCUGGGUGCACCGAGGGCUCCUCUGCUGCUGAACAUCCUCGCUGCUCAGCACGGGACACGCGACAGGCUCACGGCAACAGUGAAAGUUACUGCUUCUCCUCUGCCUACGGUACCUACCCACAGACUGCUCCUUCUCUGUAGUGGUAUACACAGACACACAGUGAGCUCAGUUCUUAAAGCUCUCCUCUUCCAAGGGGAAUGCUAAUAUUAACUUUGUGGAGGCACCACCCCCCACACACCCUGGUACAGGAUUUUUCCGAUAACCUGCUGAAACUCCUGAGUGGAAAGCAUACACCAAGCGAUGAGUCACAAACAGGGAAGGGCUUGAAUGUGUCUCCAUGUAAGUGGAUUUAUGUGAUGUGAUUUCAGCAAAGCCAGGGAAUUCAUCAGUGUUUUGAUCAUCUGCAUCACAGGUCCAUAAAGGCAAUCAGCAGGAUGUUAAUGGUGGUUUUUUACAUCUUGCAAAACUCUUCAGGUUCCAGAAACUCUGGCACUGAAGGAGCCAUGAUGCCUGACCAUUUUGUAACUGGUGCAGAUUUUCAUUGCAUUCUCAUGCAAAGACCAGAAUGGGGAUAAUCUUUCUUCUCUAAUAGCAACGCAGCAUGCAGUGACAUCAUACAGCUAUGUAAACACACCAUUUUUUCUAAUGCAGCAAUAUCAACAGUACCAAUGGCUUUCAGAUGCUGUUAUGAGUUUGCCUUUUCAUGCCAGAAUAAAAAGGCUAAUUUGCUUAUGCAUAGUAUUUCAUACAGAAAAUAGAAGUAGUUAUAAAGUGGCAGCCUAAUUGCUAAGUGAAUAUAUACUUCAUAGGCUUUCACUAUUACUUGGAGUGUAAGGACCUUCACAGCUACAUAUAGUUAUUGCUGGAAGAGAUCUCCAGCUGUUGUAUAAAGCUGGGGAAGUUCACAUUUGCUGUUAUAAAUCUUGAAACUAGGUAGGAGAAACACAAUUUAAAUACAGUGGAGCUACAGGAAACUUACAUGAAAAUUCUUCGAUAUUGCUGGAAGUGUACAUGUCUAAAGAAAGGAAGGAGUGAAAAUGGAACAUCCUUUUUCUGAGAUACUGAGAGAAUGAGAAGGUCCAAACCUAGAGCAGAAAAAAACAAGAAGGGAGAGAUCAACUUACUUUCUGUAGUUUGGCUGGUUUUUUUAAGAAUGAGAGGACUGGAAUGAAUGUUAAGAAAUUAUUUCAGAUAAUCAUCAUUUGUUUGUUCAAGUCUUUUGUGAAAUUAAGAGUUCACAAAGUUUGAGUGCAUUUCUGUGACCUGUUUCAGCAUUGUUUUAUAUGUGUAUUGUGCUCACAACAGCAAUGCCAUUCUCACAUCUGUGUAACAGAAGUCUCAGCACAGUUUGUCUUGGCUGUUUUUCUCUGCUCCACACUGUUCGUUUCUCACUCAUCCCCUUUGUCCUUUACUGUUCUCCUGUAAUAUGUGUUUUUAUGUAACAGUGUAUGAUUAGAAAAUAAGGACUUGACAGAAAACAGUGGUAGAGAAAACAGUACAAAAUUCGUAUUAGGAAUAUUAAUAUUAUGUGAUAUCAUGAAGAAAAAAGUGAGAUGUUAAUGAAAUAAAGGAAGGAUACUAGGAGUUGCAAUGUCGGCUACUCAUAUAUUCUCCUAAGUCCUAGCUACAUGCAGAAUCAGUAUUUGAUCUUAACCAUAAAACAAGCAACAUCUUCUUAGUGCUUUUUAGAAUGAGCUUCUCACAUCGAGAGCAAAAACUUGUCUUUGUAUUUAAGAUCCUUCACUGGUGCAGAAUCCUUACUUGUCUUAACGAUAGUGCUGCCCAUCUCUAACAUUUGUUCCUAUGGGUGUGCGCGAUGGAAAGGUGGGUGGAUGUACAUAACUGUGGUGCCCUCUGCUGACAGAACAGCAGCCUGAAGCAAUUGUGACCCAAAUUCUGACCUCAACCAAAACGGGUGUCCCAAAAUACAGAGCUGACUCCGCAGUACAAUCUAUUCCAGAGGAGUCACCAAAUGCUUUUGUUUCUGAUGACAGUGCUCAAAACAGGCAAUCCUUUACCAAGUAAGCAGAAUCAUACAUAGGAGUGAUCUAAAGGAAGGGUUGUGUAUGCAGGCAAAAUACUGCAAUGCCCAGAUUUCACUGAUCUGACAUUUCAAAUCAGGAAGACAGACCAGAGUCCAAUCUCUAUUUAGUACACUACUUUUUUUUUUUUUCACUUCAAACCCACACUGAAAAAGGAAGACUCCUACCUGACCUUCUAAGAGCACUCUGGUGCACUCAGGGCAUCAGCAGCAGAGGCUGCUGCCCUGCUGAGGGCAGGUAGGGAGUAGAGAGUAACUGGCAUCAACAGCUUAUAGGAAGACCUUUAUGUACACCAUUAAGGACUGAUUUCCUGUAAUGGCAUUUCUAUAUUGUCUUAAAAUGUGUCUCAUGUUUCCCAUGUCUGUUUGUCCCUAAUACAUCUCUAUCUAAGAAGGUAUUACAAACAACUUCUCCUUCUCCAGAAUAAGACACCUCAUGGCUCCCACUGCCUUGUAUCUAUUGGGCAGAUCAUUUUUCAAUAGGCUGAAUAACUGUGCCAGUGGUACCUCAGAUCCAGAGGUAAUAGGACAGAUUUCAAUUGUGUGGUGCUUUCUGUGAACAAUGUUUGUACUUGCCAAGGCACCUUUCUACUGCUGGGGUAAACUGUUUGUGGAUACUUGGAUGCUGAUGUGCUCUUUGAUUACAAGACAACAGGUCUGCUGGCUAGUAGAGAAAAAGAGGAGUGGGAUGGAGGGAGAAGCUUAGUCCCUUAUCCUGUACAGAAGGAAUUCAAUCUUAAACUAGAAUGCAGUCUAACAGAAUGAGAAAACAGUCAAAAGCUCCUCCAACCCAGUGACUGGAUGUCAGUGAGUUGUCCAGACUCAAUGCUGCCAGAAACACACACACUUGUUGAAACAUUCCUAUUUUACAAUUUCAACAAAUUUCCCAGCAUAAAGUAUUUCUCAUUGUUCGUAAUUAUUUCAGGGUAGGAUCACGAACUCUUCUCAACACUGCACACCUAGAAGUCAAAGUUCUAUUUUGUUCAGCCAAAGUUCUGAAUGAUUUCACUAGUGAUCUGGUCCUUCACACAGCCGAGAUUCUAUAGUGAGCUGAUUGGUGUUGAAGCCUUUUCCACCUGCCUGUAUGCCUGUGCUCACUUACUCAAUCGCUACUGCUGUCUGCAUAAUACUUAUGAAAUAUAAAUGAAUAAUUAGGAGAAAAAUUUGCAUUGAUAAAGAUCCUGUUCUAGCUGAGCACUUUCAGGACACCAGCUUGAAAACACAGAAGAUAAGAAUGCUACUUCAGAUUAAAUAACCAACUCUCUGUGGCCAACCAUCAUCUCUGAAUGGAAUCAAUGUUGAACAUAAUUUUUGGAAGGGAUUUCUGGUAGCAUUUGAAUAGGAUCAUGAUUCAGAUUGUAGCGAGUUUUAAAGGUCAUCUGCACUAACUUCAUUGGAAUUAAAUAUGAGAUUGGACCCCACUGGUACAAAAUACCACUGGAGUUCUACAACUAUUCUGUUUUCCCUCUGCAUAGGCCACCCUGGUCACAACUUGGUAAAAGCAAUAGAAGUGUGAUUAAAAGUGUGGUGUGAAGAUUCUCUCCUUAAGAACUACAUGUAGACAUGGAAAAUCUUUCAGCAAAGCUCUAUGUAUUUUAAAUUAACUAUUUUACUGAAAGCUAGUGCUUUCUUAUAGUGCAGACAGGCUCUUGUGUCUGUAUGCUUCUGCUUAUGUAUCCAGUUGAUGUGGCUGACUGCAUAAACUUCAUGAAGCAUAAAGCACAGUGGGUGACAAGCAACCUUAUCUAGGUGUCAUUUGUUUGCAAUGGCAGUGAACCCACCAUAUAAUUUCAGCAUACAGUACUCUGAAGUAGUUUAUGGUCACUGUCACUCAUGGUACUGUUGUGUGUGGAUAUGAAGGUCCACAAAGUGGUAAGUUAAACAUGUAGUUAAUCCAAGUACAGUGAAAAAAUAGAUGCUUAGAAAUAUUAUUAAUGUUUGGGUGUUUUUUAAGGGAUUAUUUCUCUGGUUGUCUUUUACUUCAUUACAUAUUUUGCAAAAAAGGGGAUAUUCAAUGUUUUUUAAUUAUUAUUCUUUCAGCAGUAAUUCCUUAAAAUAGCAUCUCGUGGUCCAUAUAACUUAUGUUCUGAGUCAAGUAUGAGUCUGUAUCAGAUGGUUUUCUUUAUUUAUAACAAGGAAAUAAUCCCUUCUCUAAGAACUGGCCCAAUGAAAUACAGAAGAAUUCUGCCAUUAACCUGGACAAGAUAGAGACUUUUAUCUUAAGUUCCCGUAUUUCAUAAAUGCAGUUACAUAACAAGCCUAAUUGUCCUGGGAGCCAUGUGCAAAGAGAUAAAUUACAUUCACUUGUAUUCUUGGAAACAAUUUUACCUCUUGUAAAUAACAAUGACACAACUAACUGAGAAAGAGACACAGUUUGAGCAGGUGUUUCUCUUUUUUUUUUUCUGCUAUUCCUGGAAAGUUAAAUUGAAGAAAAAUACUUGCAGAAAGUGAAUUUGAGAUUAUCAAAUGGGAUAGUUUGCACUCAACAGUGUGGAGAAGAAUCCUUCUCCAGUCCUCCAAAAGCCAUGGGUUUCAUUCCUGGUUGAUGUUAAAAUUAUCCUUCUUGGGUCUGUUGCCAUCAGUUACAGGAAUAUUUGUAUUGAGAUAUCUGUCAUUUCCACUGGAACUGGGAGAGUCACCUCCAAACUGAAGUUCUUCAGUUCAGUGCACCCAUCAAAUGCAGCAGUCACAUGUGGCUCACAGCCCUGUAGCUCAGACAGGCCAUCCUGCAGGUCUGCAGUGUGUUGCUGGGUGUCAGUGUGCAGCAUUCCAGGACUUGUCUGCCUGGAUGGGUGCAGACAGUUUGAGCCUUUCCCUGCCUGUGCUCCUGCCUGACCGGAUGCAAGCUGUGUCUUCUCCAGAAGUCAUGUUGUCACAUUAGCCAGCCAGACACAGGUCAGCCCCAGCCUAGAAGCCAUGUAAUCCCUUGGAGUGUGGGUAGACCAGGCACAUAAUUGGCCAUAUCAUUCUUCCAUGAGCCAUAAGUGAAACAGCCCAGGACAAGAAUGAAUAAUUCAAGAUUGGUAAAUGAACUGUACAUUCAUGUAGAUUUAUUGUAAAUUCUCUGCUCAUGAAACACAAAACCAAUCCCAACAAUGAAAUUUGUACACAUUUUUAAAGAUCGUGCACUUUACUAUUUUAUUUUUAUUUUUAUGUUAUGUCACAUAGUUGUCUUAAUGCAAAAAGAAGCCAUAAAGAACCCAGAAGACUAGUAUGGGGUUUCUAAGUAAGGGGAUCAUUAAUUUUAAAGUAAAGAAUCAAUUCCAUGUCUCUGUUUAAGGUAUAACAUCAAAUACUGACAAAUAAAUGUACAGUACAGCAGGAUCUGGUUUCGCCUUAGUGUUGCUGUGAGUAAGCUGGGGGAGUUUGCUCCUCAUCCUCUUGAGUUUUCCUGUGGGGCUGUACAAAAUGCUGCACACUACCUUUGCAGUAGGGACUGAAUCCUGCUACCCUUGUUCACCCCAGGAGAAGGAAUAAAAUGCUUGCAGAGUCAGGCCCAAUAAAGCAAUUAAAUCAUUCUGCUGCUUUGAUGUUUUCUCCCACAGAGAUCACAGUAAAGGAUGCUCCUUAUGUUUUAGUAAGUUUAUAAGAGAUGAGUUGCUUCUGUCAGUUUUUCAAAAAGUUUUCAGCGUCAGAUUAUCCAGUAGAAAUCAAUCAUUUAUUUUAAUCCCUCAUCAAAAUUAAGUAAUGCCAAAGGAUUUCACUUGGUUUUGUGUUAUUUUCCAUUAUCAAGAUCUCUGUUGCAGUUUUAAUUUUGCAAUCCUGACUCUGGGGAGUUGAUUUACAUGAAUUAAAAUUAUUUCUGUCACUUAAGACGGCAAGAUCAGGACAUGGUAUUGUGAUGUGAUAGUAGAGUGUUAUAACUGACAAUCAGAGGCUAUUUUUGUAAUAAAGUGUUUCUAGCAUGUUUGUUUCACUUUGUAGUUUUCAUACUCUUAUCAUCCAUAAUUUUCAGCCUAUUGUAAGAAAAAUCCGAAGUCCCCAUCUUUACUCAUUUCAAACUUUAAAAGUAAAAAUACAUUUCCAUGUAUUUUUUAUUUUGCAAGUCCAGGCAACCCCCUGAAAAUUCCAAUUUUUCUCAUGUGUUUAAGUGUAUGGAUCAUUAUUCACUAGAUGAUACUCUUGUACCUCUGAAAUCAGUAUAUUCUCUGUGAAUAUAAGUUUGUAUAUAGUAUGAAAGUUACCUUUAUUUGUACAUAGGCUCUUGGAAAUAAUCCCUUCUAUCACGGUCCUACUUCACUAUCUACAGAAUGUUUCACUGUGGCGUGUACACUUUCUCACCUUAUCAUAUUAAUACAGAGUUCUUCAUAUAAAUCACUUAAUGUAACUGAGUUGUCUAAGUGUGAAUAACAAUAACAAUAAAUACUAAUAAAAAGAAUGAAGAGUGUGUCAA